UUUUCUCUGUGAAACGCCAGUUAUUCUAUGCCUGCUCCACUGUAGGGGCUCAGAAGCGGCGGAGGAUUAAUAACGACAGGUUAAAAUAUCAUCUAGUGGAGUAAAACGGGCGCAUGUAGGCAGUGAGUAGUGUUUUGUUGGCCUGCUUUUUGGUAGGCCUCGGGGUGAAGAUGGCUAACCAACGUUGACGCUCUCCCGAGAACUCGCAGCGGUGUAGACCGACCGGAACGUCAACAGCAGCCGCGAACUCGGCCAUUUAAAGGACGGAUGAGCGUUUAAUGAUUUUACAUCGCUUUUACUGCUGUCCGUCGCCGUCGUGUGAAAUCACACCGUAGCCAGUUCAGUUGAAUUUGUUCAGUGCGGGCUUUGACGUUGAAGCCGGUCACAUUCCAACAUGGGGCGAAAACAUCCGAACACCAAGUCCGACAUCGCGCUGAACAUCCGCGAGAAGCGUUUUAACGCUGCGUAGGGAUUCCGCGGACCUCGAGGAAAGAAACAAACCGGUACCUAAGCCGUCAACUAAAUCCGCGGGAAUCACGAACACGGCGACGCUGCUCCAGCCUGAGUCUGGAUCGGAGUCGUCGGCAGUUUCUAACCUCCAGUAGAGUUGGGAUGCAGCUGUUUCCAAAGAUGUUGAGUGACCAGACAUAGCCUGAGGUAAAGGAGUCAGAAGCUCUUCAGAUGACUCCUUCACUCCAAUGGCCAUCACAGAAAAGCAGGCCAUAAUGGUGAUUCACCAGGAGGGCAUGACCACAUCUGUACCUCAGGCUUCUUCUACCCGUUCCCUUUUUGUUGUCCUCAAACCGCUACAUCCUGGAGGCGGAGGUCAGGACGAAGGAGCUUUGUUGGCUAAUAAGGAAGCCAGUCCUUUGAGGACAUCCACUGUUGGCUUUCAAAAAUUAUCAACCAUGUCCUUGUCAGCUAUGACAGGUGCAAACAGCAGUAACCAACUAUGGAAUUUGCCAGCAGAGAGUACAUGUAAAGGCAUUACUGUCACUUUGGACAACAAUAAUAUGUGGAAUGAGUUUUACAGAUGUCAGACUGAGAUGAUCCUAACUAAGCAAGGUCGUAGAAUGUUCCCUUGUUGCCGCUUCCGCAUUUCUGGGUUGGAGCCUUUCCAGCGGUACACAUUAGUAAUGGAUAUGCAUCCUGUAGAUAACCACCGAUACAAGUGGAGCGACAGACGUUGGGAGACAAACGGGAAAGGUGAUCCACAUAUUUUGAGCUCCUUUGUACACCCUGAGUCCCCUGCUACUGGCCUUGAUUGGAUGCAAAACCCUGUUUCCUUCUAUAAACUGAAGCUCACCAACAACCCUUCGGACCAAGAGGGCCAUAUUGUUAUAAACUCUAUGCACCGAUACCUUCCCCGUCUUCACAUUAUACCUGCAGAUAAGGCCACAGAUGUAGUUCAGCUAAAUGGACCUGAUGUUAUAACCUUUAGUUUUCCUCAGACAGAAUUCUUUGCUGUCACAGCUUACCAGAAUCUAUGCAUCACCCAGCUUAAAAUUGAUUACAACCCUUUUGCAAAGGGUUUUAGAGAUGACGCUACCAACUCCCGAUCCUGCAAGCCCAAAAGUGGACUUUCCACUGAAAUGGUGGAGGGUGAAGUUAAACCCAGCAGAGAGACUACAACCCUGAAUAAUCUCAAGACUUUGUUUGCCAAGAGGAAUGCUGCCGAAAAAGUCCUCAAGGGACAGUCUCUGCCUUCCCCAAACAAUGAGAACCUAAAAGCAGUUAAUGGUGAUGCUCCCAUAAAGGCUGAGCUUGAGAAAACUUCAAGUAAGAAGCGCCCAUGGCCAGAGGGGCUGUCUGAGUUGAUUAAGGGUGCUCACGUUAAGGUAAAGAGAAUAUCGCUUGAGAAGGUCCAUGAUGGCAAUAACCAGCAGAUGACCAGCAGCUCUUGCACUCUGCCAGCAGGAAAGCAAAAGAAAGAUGCUGUAUCCAAGGACUGCAAAAGGGAAAAUUUGGAAAAUGUUUCGGUCACAACUGUAAACAAGGAGGAAAUGGAAACUGAAAAGAAGCCAAGGAAAGAAUGUGGAACUGUUGAUGUCAAAAAUAUUGUUGAAGCGGAAGGGCCAAAAAUUGCCAAUACAAUGUCAAUCUCAAUAGCUACGAAUUCAUCCACAAUAAAAAAUACAAACAUGCAAAUGAACUCCUCCAGUACAGUUAUUUCAGAUACAUCCAUAAAUGAAAGGGUGGACACAGCAUUGAGCGAAACAGCCACAAAAACAUAUGGUAGGGACACUUCACAGUCUUUAGUCAAACCUCCUGACUGUAGAGGAGAAGUAAAGAAGAAGCGGGCUGACCCUGUACCUUUACCUCUUCUUGCCCUAUUUCUACAGCAGUUGAAGUCAAAAACAAGACCCACCAGACCGAAGUCAAAAUGUGAAACUUCUAGUUCACCUUCACACACGGCUAAAUCCUGUAAAAUCUCAGUUGCUGAACACGUACCUCCUACAGAAUCCUUUAGUCCCUCUCUUACCACACAAUCAAAUGGACAACCAGUAGCAUCUGUGAUGUCAGAAACAGUCACCUCGUCAAUUUUAACAUGCACUGUAUCUAACACCACAGUAUUUCCGUGCUUAUCAUUAUUGCCCACUACAUCAUCCUCUACAUCACUGAUUACAUCCCCCACAUUACCAGACAUGCCUUCACCUUUGAAGCCUUCUCCUCCCCUAGUUGAACCUGCCCCAGAUCCUGACCCUACUCUUGCUGAACAUAAAGCUGCCUCAACACUAGAUUCUGAAACUAAUAUUGUCGCUACCCCCACAGCAGUUGCUGUUUCUGAGACUAUGCUUGUGUCCAAGCAGGAUGCACCUGUCACUCUGUCUGCAGUUUCAGAGAAUACUGUACCCAACAGCUUUCUUUCAGUAACUACCCCUGACAAUAAUGUCUCAAAUGCUGAUGCUCCCAGUGCCAUUUCGUUCAGCUUUCCUACUAAGAUGUUUCCUGUUACAAUAUCUGACAAUCCAAAAGAUGAACUUGUUUGUGGUAAUGUUGCUACCACUGAACCGGACUUGGACUCUAGUACAGAUCCAUGUACUGAAUUUGUUCCUGAGGCUCCUUAUCAGUCUCCUUUGUCGGAUGACGAUGACAUCCCAUUUUCACCAUCAUCUCCACUAUCCACAGAGUUCUCUCUACCAAGCCCAACUCCUUCCUCACCUGACCCAUUUCCACCAGGCCUGUUUUCUGAUCGACCAAUACCUCCUAGAAAGUCACUCGACCCGUUUCCAUCUGGUCUGUUAUUUGAUAGACCAAGACCCCUUGUGGACUCAUAUGACCCUUUGCCUCGAAGCAUUUUUUGCACUAAACCAACAUGUACUGGAGAUUCAGAGCCGAUAACUGAGAAUGUCAGUAGUGAGGUGACCUGUUCACUUGCCCCUGACCCUUGUAUUUCCAAGGAAACUGACCAGUCCUUACAAGAGAGUACAACCAAGAAGACCAAGGUGAAACCCAAGAAAGGUGGAAAAUUAAAGCUGACUGAGGAUGCAGAGGUUACUGAAGGGCCCAUACCUGUCCCAUUGCAGCCCAACCUGGAGGAUGUGGACGGCCAGUUGUUUGUUUCCUUCAUGUCAAAGAAAGCUCUUCAAAUUCAUCUUGGGGAUGAAGCUAAAGAAGAAACUUCACAGAAACCCACAGAAAACAUAAAUGAUGAGGAUCCUCAAAAUACACUAAGAAUUGAAGAAAGAAUUGAUGCAUUAGAGAAGGACCUUCUACGUGACUUAAAAAUGAUGAAGCACAGACAGGUCAUCCACCCAGUGCUGCAAGCAGUUGGCCUGAAGUUGAACCUGCUGGAUCUUACUCUGGCCAUUGAUCUGCAGUAUCUGGGUGUGUGCUUACCUAUUCCUCCACCUGUCCUCUUACCUGGGGAAAGCUCUGGGAGUUCAACCUCAUCACAGGUCCAAUUUGUGUCAAGGACAGGGAAAACAACUGACUUCACUAAAAUCAAAGGCUGGAGAGAUAAAUUUACCACUUCAAGCUCUUCAGCUCUUCCUGGAGUAGGUACCAGCUCAGAUGCAGGGCAAAAGAAUCUUUCUGCCUUCUGCAGCGACAUGCUUGAUGAGUAUCUGGAAAGUGAAGGCAAGCUCAUUGAUGAACGAGCUGCCAGCUUCUCCCAGGCCGCGGUCACUCCUGUGGCCUACCAGCUGCCCACUAAAAGCACAAGCUAUGUUCGUACUCUGGACAGCGUGUUAAAAAAGCAGGCACCUCCAUCCACAGCAACUACCCUUAAACCUUCCUUGGCAUCUAGAAAAUCUACACUGUCAUGUAAAAGCAAAGAGAUUGUCAAGUUGGGGGAAAAUGGAUCAAAGAAAUCCAAAUCUGCUGCAGCAAAAACAGCCUCCAGUGCAGACAAGCCAUCUGCCAAAUCUGGUGCUUCAAAACCAGUAUACAGUGAGCCAUCAGCUUAUUGUAGCUUAUCCCCAAGCAAAAAAUCUGUUAAAAUCAAGACCAGGAAAGUAUCCAAGACCUUACAAGCAUCUUUACUACCUGAUGGAAAGCCUGUUAUGAAUAGUAUGUCAGUGGCAACUGUAGGCCAGGACUGUACUUCUAGCACCCCUGGAGGACGCAUUACAGGCCUGUCCAAGACUCUGGUUAAACUCCUGGAUUUGGAAGAUAGUGCAGUCUGGGAAGGGAAACGGCGUACCUGCAUCACUGAGGAACGGGCAGCCAUUGCUUUAUCUUCCCUUGUCACAGCAGAGGGUACAGUAAAAAGCAGCCCUUCUACCAUCAUUAGGAGGCGUGCUCCACCUUGCCUCAAUGACUUUUGCAGACUGGGGUGUGUAUGUACUAGCUUGGCUCAGGAGAGGCGUCAGCACCACUGUGGUAAACCGCAGUGCAUGCUUGGCUGUGACUGCCUUCGACGCAAAGUAGUCCUGUUGAAACACUUUAAGGAUGAGGACUUGAAGAAGGAACUUUUAGCUCAGGGUCAGCCAGAUGAAGAUGAAAUUGAAGUGUCAAAGAAAAAAAAGAGGAGGAAAGCCUAUAUUCUAUCAGGUCCUGAAUCAGCACCUGAGCCUGCCACGCGGGUGAAAAGUCUAUGGGAUCAGAAAAAUGAGGCUGAUACAGAGUGUCUUUUCAUUCCUACACCUGCCAGGCCUCCUCGUCCUCCACUCUUAUCCCCUGAGCUACAGCAAGAUUUGGAGAAUUUUCUCCAUCCUUUGCCUAAUAAAGUGAUGAAUGAUGUAGGGCUGAGGUUGACCAAAGGCAGUACACAGAGUUGUGCUCGUGUGAGGCCAUUUUGCAGGAAAAAUCAGUGUCAUGCUGAACAAAAGAGCAAAAAGCAGGGUGAUCCACAUCUUGGUCCAGAGGACUCCCUAGAAGAUAUGGAGGAAGGAGAACUUCGGCCACCUGUUCUGUCUGGCCCUACCAAACGUCUAGAAAUUGUAUCCAAGUGCAAGUGGGCAACAGCAGGCAGCAGGAAUGUUGUCCUGCGUGUGGUCUGUGAGCGUAUGGCUCAGGACCGCCUGAACCACCCUUUCUGGGUCGGAAAGUACCAAAUCCAGCCCAUCUCCACGACUGUCCAAGAGACGGACGAAGGAUCCACAAUCACAUACAAAGUUUCUAUCUCUCAGCCUAAGCCUGUGAAAAAUGAUCAGAAAAAGGAGGAGAAUGAGAAGAUAAAGCAGUUGGAAGCCCAGUUGAUUAAGACAAUAGGGAAGAGUGAAGUGAAAGGUCUCCCUCUUCUUUCCCAAGUCACUCCUGCAGGUUUACUAAAGGCUGAGAAAAAACCUCCUGGUUCUUCAGGCCAGAUAACAGUCAAUGGAAAACCUUACCCACAAGCCAAGCUAGAACUGGGCCAGAUGGGGGCUUUGCACCCAGCCAACAGAUUGGCUGCUUACAUCACAGGGAGAGUAUGCCUGGAUAACCAAAAUGCUGCCAAAGCUGAAACCACAGCCACCAUUUCAAAAACUACUCCCACAGCCACUAUCACUACAGCUGUGACCACAACAGCUUCUGUUACUGGCACACGUUCUUCUGCUGUCAUAUCAGUCAAGCCCCUAGUGACUAAGCCCCCAGUGGGAACGGUCUUCACCCAGGUUGUCAUCAACCAUAUGAACUCCCAGCAGCAAAAGCUGCCCAGUACUAGUGCACCACAGUUGUUGAGUACUAUUAAAAAUCUUAUCAACCCCCCUUCGUCCUUGAUGACUGGGGUCUCAGGGGUCUCAGUUGUCUCUAACACACCAAAAGCAAGCAUGGCUUCCUGGGCACCUGCCGCCUCUGGCCCUACAGAUGGACCUGUCCAUGUGGUUAAGGCAGUACCAGUGUCUGGAACAGCUGCACCAGUGAAGAAGACCUAUGUGUUUAGUUCUACUGGCCAACGUGGAUCUGUCCCUGGUGGUGGAGUCAGGCUGAUGCAGCCUGUAACAUCUGCUCGACCAUCAGUCCCAGGCCAGAGGAUGGUGUUUCAGAUGUUGAAGACGGCAAAUGGAGGCACCGUGUACCGCAACCCUAGUGGUCAGCUUGUCCAAUUGGUGCCCCUCAGCCAGUUCAGGGCCCUCAAUCCCAACUUUCUCAUACCCAAGCAGACCACAAUUGUUCGCUUUCCCCCACCUACUGCAAGUAAAUCUCAAAAUGCCAGCUCUGUUUCCACACCUACCACCUCCACUGCACCUCUACUACAAGCUCAGAAUCUGACCCCAGUACACAGUACUGCAACCUUCAGUACAACUACAACAGUCACUUCUUCUGUGACUGUAAAAUCAGCUGUCUCUUUUUCUGAUCUCAAAUCCAUGUCGAGCCAGCCCGGUACAGUGAACAUAGUCCCAGGAAUCCUUAGCAAGACUGCCAAAGACAUGAUAAAAACUCCAGAUGUUAUUAAGGAUUCAAAACAUGUCAGUAUCACAGAAAACUCUUCAGCAUCUACAACGCAAAGCACUUUAAAUAUUGCUCCUGCAAAAGGAGGUGUUGUACUGAUAACAGCCCCAAGUUCCUUAUCGUCCCAGAUUCAAGACCUCAAAAAGUCAGACAGCAAUGUCAAAGUCAGCUGUGUUCCAACAGAGGGAUCAGACCAGGAUGUUCAGUCCUCCAGCUGUUCAAAAAAGCCUUCUGAUAGUGUGGUUCUGGAAGACCACUGCUAUACCUUUGAAACAAAGGGAACUAGUACCUCAUGUGAAAGGCCUGAAGAUCCUACAGAUGCCUCAAAUCCUGAAAAUGCCUCUGCAUCAAACAUGCUCCCAAAAGAGUUGUUGGAAUUUGGCCCUGUUGAGGAAGAUGAAGAAUCUGAUGUUGCAGAUGAAGCCCUGGCAUUUGACUUGGGUGAUGAGGGAGGACUAGAUAUGGAAGAAGUUGAGAUCGGUUCAGACUGCACAGAAUUAACUGAAGACUCAGACAUGUAUAAUGGCUUCUCUGACCCCAGUGACCAGGAAGACCUAUAUAUAGACACUGAUUCUGAAGAGGGAAGGAAGAGUGAGCAUAAACAAGAUGGAGUAAAUAUAGAGAUGCAGGAUCUGCGUGGGAAGGAUGAUGAUGAGCUGGUUGAUAUUGAAACAUUUGAGGAGAAGGAUGAAAAGAAUCCUGGACCACUUUUGUUGAAGCUUGAAAGCAGUCAGCAGAAGCUAAGAGCAGAAGAGGAGAGUGAGAAUGAGUUUUUGCAUAAGAAGAAGAAACAAGAAAUGGAGAGACGCUGCACUCUGAGACAGUGUUUUCACAAGAUGCGAAUGACACUAAAUCUUGAUGGCAAAGCCUCCAAAAUGGCAAUACUCACGCUGGCCCAAGAAGAAAUCUGUGCUCUUAGUAAACAAAGAGAUCAGUUGGUGAAUGUGCAGAAAAGGCUGAAAAAGAAGAGAGCGUACUACCUUCAACUAGCAUCCCAAAUAUCUGGAAAGGCUGAGGAGUCCAUCUCUCAGAAACUGGAUGAAAUCAUUGCUAAACAGAAAUCCCUGGAGAACCAAGACAAGACAAAAGACAUGAAUCUUCACCUUACACCAACGGCUCCAAGCAGCGUGGAUUGGGAUCUCAUCACAAAACAGAAGAAACUAGAGUCCAAAGACAAAGUUAAAAAUACCUUGCAUACACAUGCUGAACUAUCCCCUAACUCGAAACCAGUUGACCUUAGCAUCUCCAAGCAGAAAGGUCUAGGGCACAAGGCCAUAGGAAAUUUCAGUUCUAAGAAGAAAAUUCUUGACUCUUUGGAGAAAGAGACUCAGGCAGGCAAGCCAUCUAGCUGUAAGACUCUGUCAACUUCACAGCCCACACUACAUCUGGAAAAACCAACACCUUUGUCACGAGAGAGAACAAGGCCCAACAUCCUUUCCCGCAGCAAGUCUCAAGCCCUGCCAGAGUCUCCAGUUCAAGAACAAGCAUUUGUUCCUCAAGUAAUUCCACUGGUGGAAGCAGUGGUGCCAUGUAAUCAGAUCAUUACUAUAAGUAACCCUCUUCAGCCCAUUGGUAUCACAUCUUUAGGUGAAAGACAAUCAGCCACACCAGGGGUUGCAGCUGUGUCUAUAUCUGUUCCUACCAUAUCUCACCCGAUACGAGUGGAGAAUCCAGUUGCCAGCAGCCCUCUAAAAAUCAACUGUCCAGUUAAAACUGUAAACCUCCCCAAAAUUUCCAGUGUAGUUUCUUUGGUGCCACCAGAAAAACUGCUGAUCACACCACCAGUUGUUCUGCAGAAGACAGAUGUUCCACCUGUUGUCCAGACACAGGCAGUCUGCAGCCCUGUGCAUGUGGAUGCUCAGCAGAAUCCUCCUACAACCUCUUCUAAUAGAGUACCUUCUGCAGGAGAGGGAAAGGGACUAGACAAACAGUCGCUCGAGGUUGUGCUCAAGCAGGAUGAUAAGGUAAAGGGAGCAGUAGAUGUUACAAAAAGUUCAAAGGAAGAGGAAAAGGCUGCAGCUAACAAUGAGAUGGAGGUAGAAAAUCUGAUGUCCUUGCUUGAUGAGCUUGUUUACCUCGAUCAGCAACUAAACAAUGAACCCUCCCAGCCACCAGGAGGCGCUGAGAGUCUUACAGAGGCAGGCAGUGUAGAGACAGGUCUGCCUACUCAGGAGGCAGGUGUAGACAGAGAUGAUGAGCGUUCCCUCAGCCCAUUGUUCCUCAGACUAGAUGAGGAUCUAAUAGCAUCAACCACCACAAAGGAUGAGAUGGAUGAUAUUCCUCCAAAAGUGGAUGAUCUUGUAAAAGUCAUAUUUGGGUCUGACUCUCCUCCCAAUUCAUCAGAAUCUGAGGUUGUUGCAGGAGCCAACGAUGACGGCGCCAGUGUCCCAGGAAGCACUGUUAAAAAUGACGCUCCAUCACCACCUCCGCUGAUGCAGAUGAAAGCUGGGGGGGGGCCUGCAGCAAACUCUUUGAAAGAGCAAGCCAGUGUGUCUUGGCGGCCCAUGCCCAGACUCGCUCCUCUGGGGCUAAAGACUCAAGAGGCUGGGCAGCCUAAAUCAGCAACUCCUCAUGUCCUCAAGCCUAGCUCAAAACCUCCCAGUCUUCACAAUUCACACACGUAAUGACAAAUCAGGGAUAUCUGCUGUGUGU